GAGAUCGUGCCACUCAGCCUGGGCAACAGAGCGAGACUCUAUCUCAAAAAAAAAAAAAAAAGUAAAAGCACUUAUAUCAAACUGCAGUUGGAUCAAAGAUUUACUAUGAUACAUAAGAUGAUAACAGUGUGGAGAAUAUUUUUGUAAAAUUUAGGUUGAGAAGUUCUUCUCAGGAAGACAUUUGACUACAUAAAAUGUAUUAGUGCAUCAGUAUUUUGAGUGACUGUUAAAAAAAUUGUUAACCUAUGUGUUAAUUUUCUUAAUAUAUAAGGAACUCUAAUAAAAAAUAAGAAAAAAGCCUCAACUCAAAAGAUAAAUUGGAAAAUAGUAUGAUUAGGCAGAUUAUAGAGAAAGAAGUAGAGAUGACUUUUAAACAUAAGAAGAUGGAUACAUCUACACUUACAAUUAAAGAAAAAAAAUUCUACCAGUUUCCAUUUAACAUUGGGAAGGUUGAUCAUUUCAGUUAACCAUGUUAGGCUUUUGAAGGAGAUUGGUCAGGGUGGGGGGAAAAGUUAUAAGGAGACACAAACCUUGGAAGUCCUGGGAGGUUUUGCAAAGCUUCGGGAGAGAAUAAAGGCUGAAGGCAGCUGAAUUCUCUUACCCUGAGGCUACGGGCAAAUAGUAAGGAAUUUAGGUAAGUUUAUUUACUUUUGCCGACCUUCGAUCAUCCGACCUUUGAUCCUCCGACCUUUGAUCAUCUGACCUUUCAUCAUCUGCAUGCAGGACUGCUCCCUACAGCGGGGGCAGCAGUUACCCACAGAUUGUGUUGGCUCCAGGCCUUCAUCAUUAAAUCUGUACUGAAUAAAUACAAGCAGCUCCAGCUUAUUAGGGCUGCAUUCUCUCUUCGGAGUCUCUAAGGCCGAGCAGUUUGCUAGCCGCGCUCACGCAAAAUACCUGUGUCUGCGUACUUUUUUCAUCCGUCGCUCGGCCAGAGUCAGCGGAUCAGACUCAGCAGCUGGUGCCCCUCGUGAGGAACGUUGCAAGGGAUCACAGCGGAACCCCCGAAAAUGAAGGCGAAGAGAUUGUGCAGUCAGUAAGUCAUUGGUGCCCGCUCGGGAUAUCCAAGUUCAGGGGAAUUCUCAAGCUGGAGUUUCAUCAUGAGACAACAGCUAUCCGCACAACAGAAACAGUAUAUAAAAGUAUUGAAACAACUGCUUAAAGAUAGUGGAGCCUCGAUUUCACAGGCUCAGUUAAGGGACCUAAUGCAAACUGUUGUUUCCCAUAAUCUAUGAUUCCCAGCAGAAGGAACACUGGACCUAGAACUCUGGGAACAAGUGGGGAAAAACCUUAAACAGUAUCAUACACAAGGGCAACGGAUCCCAGUAACGUCUUUAACCGUAUGGACCUUAGUUAGGGCUGCUUUGGCCCCGCUGUACGCAGAAGAGCCCAAGAAGGGAAGGGAGGAGGAACCAUCACCUACCUUAGUGCCACCGCCUCCUCCCUCAUCACUGCCAUUACUGGGUAAAGAUACUAAAGAGGAAAUGGAGGUUUUCCCUGAGCCCCCUCCCCCAAUAAAUUGGAAAAAAGACAAGGGAUACACUACAGCUAUGGGACCCUGUCUUAGGCAGGUGGCAUUAGAAGGGGAACUCUUAACCUGUCCGGAAAUGCAAGAUCACCAAGGCGAUCAGGCCCUCUUUGGAUUCCAGCAUGAUGCAUCAGACCAUACCAUGGCGUGGCUAGGACCCAACACGGUACCAGAAGUGAAGGAAAUGACCCCACAGGACCCGCAGCUCCAGACAACACAGCUUCCUCAGGCAACACAAGCCCCGGACAUUACCUGGGGGAUGCUGAAGAAGACAACUUACAAGGCUGAGCAAAUCCUGCUCCAGACACAGAAACCAUUCACUCCAGAUAAUUUGUUCCUUGCUUUGCUCUCUGGUGUAAGUUGCAACUCACAUAGGAUCCUUUUUAGGCUCUCGCUUUCCCUGCAACCCGUACCUGCUACACUCUGUUGGGCUCAUCUCUUAGAUCCGCCUUUCUUAUGCCCUGUUACCUGGGCAGACACCCCCUUCCAGCCUCUAAUAAUGUAACUACUUGGCUAGGAGGGAUUGACUUACCCCUAGUAGGGUCCCUUAUUAAUGGUACACAUUGGACUAAGGUGCCAGGUAACACUACAUAUCACUCCACUGUCCUCCCACUGUGUGUAAGUUUUAAAAGUUCUAACCCUUACUGUGUACCUGCCCAAACAAAAUUAUGGGUACGUCAUGGGCAAAGGAAAUGCCUUAACAUUCUUGGUUGCCAGUAGCCUCAAACCGGGCAAUGCAAUCAGUGCCACUUUCCCCAGCAUUCCUCCCUGUGCUAAAGAACAAAGCCAGGCAAGUAAUGGAUUCCACUUCGGCUGGGAGGUCUGUCAUGGGGGACAAGCCCUUAGUCUCCAGUUAGGCAGUUUAAUAUCUUAGACUGGAGCCCCUGACGGUUGUUUACAGGGCGAACAUACUGAUGUUUGCGUCCAUUGUGAUAUCAAUCAUAGUUUCGUGGCCAUGUCCAUUCCUUUAUGGGAUUUGGGCCGAAGAGGGGAUGGGAUAUCCCAGACCCCAGGUAGAGUCCAUGCCACGCCAAGACACUUUAUGGCAUCUGGGACAUCUUAGCACCACCCUUACCACCUGGUAUGGGACAUACCAUAAUUCCAGUAACAAUUAUGCUAUAACCUUUAUACAUAAUCACACAGAUCAGUGCCUGAUUUGCACUACUCAUCCAUAUGUUUUUCUUAUGGGAACCAGUAUUUCCAUUACACCCCAAAACUCCAUGUUUGUGACCUGAGUGCAAGGACAGGUUUGCUUCACCUCAUGUGUCACUAAUUACAGUAUAUCUAAUUUAAAUAUUACUAGUGUUAUGGUAUUAAGGAGGCAAUCUGAGACAUUCCUACCAGUCAGUUUGAUACACUAUUGGCAAGUUUCCUCUGCUUUUGCCACCUUAGAACAUGCCAUAUCCCAGGUCAGACACAAAAGAUUCAUAGUUGCUCUUACAGCCUUUAUAGUCUCAGCCGUAGUCAUCCUAGCAACUGCUAGUGUUGCUGUAGCAUCUAUUACUGAGUCAGUACAAACAGCUACUUUUGUAGAUAACUUGACCAGAAAUAUGUCUAAUGAACUUAUUCUACAACGGGAUAUAAAUCAUAAGGUUCCUCCACAUCUGCAAGCCCUCAAGACUGCCUUGGAACGUGUAGGGGAGUGACAAGAUGGCGCUGGCAUUCUGACAGCAAUUAAACCGACUGGGAGCAUAAGCAUAUCUCUGUCACCUCUCUACCAUGGAGCCAGUCAAUACAUAGUUGGGAUGAGGUGAAACACCUCUGGGUGACCUUACAUGAUAAUUUAACAGCAGUCGUAAAGCAACUUAAAUCUAGAAUUGCUAAGUGCCAUAGAUCUACAUGCCCAACAGACAGCCAUAUGGAAGGAUGUGCAAGAACAUCUCUCCUGGAUAGACUCCCACUCCUUGAUUAGAAAAAGAUAUUACUAAUUAUACUCAUGUUUGUCUUACGUUAUUUACCAAUUCUAGGAUGCAAAGCCGGAAUACGAGCAGUAAUCGCUACGCCUGACAAACCUGUUGCUGCACACAUCUGUACUCUUCAAUCAACAAUACUCUUCAAUCAACAAAACCUGAUGCAAAAAACAGAAAAGGGGGAGAUGCAGGAGAUCAGUCAGGGUGAUGGGAAAAGUUAUAAGGAGAGACGCAAACCUUCUUGGAAGUCCGGGAGGUUUUGCAAAGCUUCAGGAGAGAAUACAGGCUGAAGGCAGCUAAAUUCUCUUACCCUGAUGCUAAGGGCAAGAAGUAGGUAACAAAGGAGUGUAAAGGAAUUUAUCUAGACGAGUUUAUUUACUUUUGCAGACCUUUAAUCAUCCUAUCCGUGCGCGCAGGACUGCUCCCAAGGAGGGGGGAAAGGGGCGACAAGUACCUACAGAUUGUGUUGGCUCCAGGCCUUUGUCAUUAAAUCUGUACUGAAUAAAUACAAGCGGCUCCAGCUUAUCAGGGCUGCAUUCUGUCUUGGGUGUCUCUAAGGCCAAGCAGUCCCCUAGCCGCACUCAUGCAAAA